GUCCCACUAAUUUGUGUUUGCGCGAAAAUUUGCUUAGAAGAAGAAAAAGUUGCUUGAUUCUUUAAUUGUUUAUCCAAUUAAAGUCGAAUCUCAUUACAAAUCUGUUAAAAUGAAUUUCUACCAGAGUGCCUACGAUCUAAAGUUCUUUAACUUUACCGCUGAACAGAUAUCGUCAGAACGCGAGCACUUGGUGCAUAACCUCAUUAGCAAGGCUAUUGAAAACGCCAUUCAGAAGAUUGAAACGCCGGCCACCUCGGCACUGCUAGGCGCGCAGAAGGAUGCAGUGAUCAGUCGCGUGGAGGCCGCUACCAAAAAGAACAUGCAAUCCCUCCGAUUGCUGGACAAGAAAUACUUUCGCAUUCCGCCGCAUGUGCUGCAGGUAGAGGACUUUCACCUGGAGCCCCAACCCACCCCUCUUGAAGAGGAGAAAAAGAACAACGAGCUGGAGCUUCUAAAAUUGCGCUUUCGCGAGAACCUGAUCACGCUGGCCAAGGUAGAGGCAGAGGGGAACCACUAUGCUUCUGUGGCUAAAAUCGUCCAGGAGGAAAAGGAUAUUCACCAACAAGUAUACGAAGAUUGUAAAUCCAUAAAACUGUCCAUGUUGGCCGAUGUCGCCACUUUAGUUGCCACUAAAAUUUGAUAUAAUUCCCUACUAUAACACACCAGAAAUUGUAUGAGUUGUGAAUACUAAUAGAUGAAUACAAGAAUCGUCAUCAUGAGCCUUUAA